ACUGAGUUUCCACCUUGGUUACGCCGGAUCUACUGAAAUUACGCCGUUCGUCCGUCCAAAAUCGGCCAUGGGUUUGCUUGACCACUUGUGGGAUGAUACCGUUGCCGGGCCUCGACCCGAAAGCGGCCUUGGCAAGCUGCGAAAGCACUCCACUUUCAGUUUCCGGUCAAGCUCCGGCAAGGAAUCUGAUGGUGGGAGUGUGAGAUCGUACAGCGACGACUCGUCGGAGGAGGCGAUGAGAGUGACGCGUAGUAUCAUGAUAGUGAAGCCGCCGGGCUACCAGAAUGCCUCGCCUCCGGUUUCCCCUGCCGGCUCCACUCCUCCGGUAUCUCCCUUUUCCGGGGCAAGAGAGUCAUACCGUUUUCGAAGAAGGUCGACAUCUGAUGCAUACAACAAAGCAAGCGUGGUUGGACCAAAAAGCCCUUCUUCUCCUUAGGACGUGUGAGAUUUGACACUGUUUCUCGCUAGCUAUCUGCUGCUGUGUAGAAUCUUCACCAUGUUUGUAGCUUUAAGUCCUUGUAUUCCUCUAUGUGUGUGUGGUUGUAGGUUGCUUAUAUAUAUAGGUAACUUUGUUCUAUAAUUUAAAGUGCACUGGAUUGUAAAAUAGGACCCAUUAGAUGGGGGUAGGGCUUUUAUAUUAGAAGGCUGAACUCCCAUCUAAUGGUUAAUGUAGUGCAAUCUGCUACCAUUAGGACUGCACUACACUUUUUCAACAUAUAUAUAUAUAUAUAUAUAUAUUUGUGUAGAUGCGCAGCCCUGUCAUGGGAUCAGCUUGGUUAGGUUGUUUGCUUUUUUCUUUGUACAAAGGAUAGAAAUUGUAAUGUUACCAGAAUAAAGGUUUCUUCCUGGGUUACUCUUUACUUGUCCCCAUCUUUUGAUUUUGUGUGGAAUAGAAUUAUGAUGGAUUUGAUAUCACUUUGGUUAUGUUUGCUAAAGGAAUAAAUUUGUCUAUUGGAAUGAGGAAAAACAACCUAAUUCUAAUGGAAUCUGUGCUGAAAUACGAAAUCUGUGCUGAAAAACCGAAAUCUGGAAGCAUGUGCAGAGAAAAUCAAAGUAUGAAAAGUUGCAAUUGUUUGAGUAGGGCUGGCCGUGUCUUCCUUCUGUGCUGAAGUUCCCUUUUUGUUCCUCUUGUGCCGGCAGUUACUCAACCAUAGGUAGUUUGUUGGAGUAGUGGGACACCUCAUCUCUUGACCUAGUUUAAACUCCUUUUAGAUUUUGCCAUCUGGACUUUAUCAGAUAAAAUCCCCUUUUAAAU